AUAGCACGCACCCACAUUGUUUUAAUUUUGUACGUUACAUUUUUUCAUUAACAGUCAUAUAAAAGCCUGGGUUUUAUAAAUAACUAAAGUUAUUUGAAACCAAACAUUCAGUGAAAGAAGAUCGCUCAUAGUCGACAUGGCUAAACGCCUUAUUACACUUAUACCUCUAAUGCUGUUCGGCAUAGUUCUAACGGCGGUGUCUACAAAAGCCUCUGAUCAACCAUCACGCAUUGUAUGCUACUUUAGUAACUGGGCUGUUUAUCGUCCAGGUCUGGGACGUUAUGGCAUCGAAGAUAUACCCACCGAUCUAUGUACUCAUCUUGUAUAUUCAUUUAUCGGAGUCGAUGAUAAAUCUUGGGAAGUGCUUGUUAUUGAUCCAGCCUUAGAUAUAGAAGAUAAGGGAUUCCGGAAUUUUACACAAUUACGCAAGACACAUCCGCAUCUGAAAUUACAAAUCGCUGUAGGUGGUUGGGCUGAAGGUGGUUCUAAGUAUUCACAAAUGGUGGCGGUACGAGAACAUCGUCUAAGUUUCAUACGCAGUAUUGUGAACUUUAUGAAGAAAUAUGAUUUUGAUGGUUUCGAUUUGGAUUGGGAAUAUCCCGGAGCCACAGAUCGUGGUGGUACUUAUGGUGAUAAGGACAAGUUCUUGUACUAUGUACAAGAAUUACGACGUGCUUUUGAAAGAGAGGGUAAGGGCUGGGAGAUAACAAUGGCUGUACCAGUGGCAAAAUUCCGUUUGCAAGAGGGUUAUCAUGUGCCUGAACUAUGCGAACUUUUAGAUGCCAUACAUGCAAUGACUUAUGAUUUACGUGGUAAUUGGGCUGGUUUCGCUGACACCCAUAGUCCUCUCUACAAACGUAAACAUGAUCAAUACGCUUAUGAAAAACUGAAUGUUAACGAUGGCUUGGCCUUGUGGGAAGAAAUGGGUUGUCCUGCUAAUAAACUUGUCGUGGGAGUACCACUAUAUGGUAGAACUUAUACUUUGAGUAGUUCCAAUAAAAACUACAAUAUGGGCACUUAUAUUAACAAAGAGGCAGGGGGUGGUGCUCCUGGUCCCUAUACAAAUGCCAGUGGCUUUUUGGCUUACUAUGAAAUCUGUACUGAGGUGAAGGAUAAAGAAAACGGCUGGACUGUUGAGUGGGAUGAAGAGGGCAAAGUACCAUAUACCUAUCGUGAUACCCAAUGGGUGGGUUAUGAAAAUGAGCAAUCGGUACAAAUUAAAAUGGACUACAUUAAGAUGAAGGGCUAUGCUGGGGCUAUGGUCUGGGCCAUUGAUAUGGAUGAUUUCCAUGGUUUGUGUGGUCGCGAAAAUGCACUUAUGCACAUUAUCCACGAUAGCAUGAGAAAUUAUCAUGUGCCUGAACCGACACGAGAGACUACGCCUAGGCCAGAAUGGGCUAAACCGCCAGCAACGCCACCAAACCCUGAUGAGGGCAGUCUGGUUAUUUUAGAAACAACAACAAAAAAACCUAAACCCGUGACAACAAAAAGACCCUCAAUAUCAACAACUGCUGCAACAACAAAGAAGCCAAUGAAAGCCACCAAAAAGCCGCCCACUACCACAAAACCAAUUACGGAGAGUGUAUCUUCACAACAACCAAUGACGGAAGAACCAGAAGUUGUACAACAACCUAUGGAACACUAUGAUAUUGAUUGUUCCCAUAGAGAUUUCGUGCCACAUCAGGAUUGUAGAAAGUAUUAUCGCUGCGUCCAUGGCAAACCCAUUGAGUUUGAAUGUAAAGAAGGUUUAGCUUUCCAUACCGUUUCCAAUGUUUGCGAUUGGAUUGAAAAUAGUGAUCGUUACUAUUGCACCCGUUUAAAGAUGAAAAAUAUGGGCAAUAAUGCUUAGAGCAUUAUUACUUUGCAUUUAAUUUAAGUUACAAUUUUACGAGUAAUAUUUACAAGUAUUUUAGAUAAAUAAAGAUUUUUACAACGAAAUAAUAUAUAA